CGAUCUAUAAGUUGGAAAAUAAUUCAUUGAUUAAACUUGCCAAAGAGUUUAUUAAACCAAUAAAGUUUAAAGAUACAUUGAAAACAGCUUUAGUCGAUACAAAGAUGGAAAUACGUUUGGAUGUUUGCAUUCCGAGUACAUGUAGUAAUAAAGACUUACAACACGUUGGGAAUUGGAUAUUCGGGACAGCGGUAGACUUUAAUGUCGGAUAUUGCAAAAUCAAAGAUGAACGUAUUAAAUACAGGAACGGACAAUUGAUAUCGUUAAUUGUCCUUGGCAUGUUUAUUGCAUGGGUAGGAUUGGCAACGUUAACAGAAAUAUUAAUGAGACUUCAUAUUAUUCCUUUGAAGGCAAGUGAAGGUAGAUUUUUUGAGUAUAUUCUCGGAGCUUCACCUUACAAAUCUCUACAUAAAUUAUAUUCGACGAAUCUCGACGAGAGUACAAAAUCGAUCUGCGGUGUAAAAUUUUUUUUGAUAAAUAUUGUGGUGUUGGGACAUGUAGGCAUUGCAGGAAUAUUUUUCACCACAAUAGGAGAAAAAUAUACCAAUAUAUUCAAGCAAGCGAAACUUCUUCUAUUCGAAAUUAUUUUUCAAGGCCUCACUAUGAUAGAAUCAUUCUUCUUCUACAGCGGGUUUAUGGUAAUGUAUCUGAGACAAAAAAGUGGACGAAACUCUGCGAAAUACUAUAUUAUGAUUUUAGUCAAGCGAGUUAUCAGAUAUACACUCCCGAUAUUCUUCGUUUUGGGCUUCUUAAUUCUUCUGCCUCUUCUUGGAGAAGGUCCUCAUUGGGAUGUUGUUAUUAGUCAGGCAAAACUCUUAGAAAGCAAAUGGUGGAAAUAUAUCAGUCAUAUUCAUAUUUACUCAAUCGGUGAAUUGACGGAGGGUUUCAACGUAUUAUGGUUCAUCAGUGCGUUGCUGCAACUUUCCAUCUUAAUGUCACUGUUAUUAUGUAUUGUUGACAGAUGGCCCAGAUUUGGAAGACUCGCCAUAAUUGUAUUAAUGUUAACAGGGAUUAUGAUGUAUAUAGUUGAUGUAGUUUCGAACAGAUAUUACGUGAUGCUUGGAAUACCUGCAGCUUCUGAGAAAUCCUAUAAAUAUAUGCUUUAUAAUUAUUUUAAACCAUAUUAUUCCCAUCUUGGUACUUAUUGUUUUGGUGCUUUAAUUGGAGAUAUAUUAAGAAAUAAGAAAAAAAUCCCAUUUGGAAAAAUUACCCUUUUACUUUGUUGGACCGGAUGCAUUGUCUUAAUGACAUUAUCUAUUUUUGGAGCGCAUAGUUACAAGAAAAAUAUUAUGGCCAACGAAAAUAUAAUCAUCGCCUUUCAGUGCAUUUCUCCAUUUGCUUGGACCGUAGGAUUAGCUUGGUUGACAGUGGCUUGUGUGACAGGACACGGUGGAACCGUCAAUCGUUUGUUAUCUCUUCGCAUUUUUGUGGUGUUAAACAGUCUGAAUGUCUGGAUAUAUCUGCUUCACGGUCUAAUUAUCUGUUAUGGUGCUGGCAGUAUGAGAAAGGCUACAGGUCUUUUACAGUUUAAUAUGUGGAUGAUAUAUUCCUUUGUUAUGUUCUUGUCACUGAUUGCUGCUCUGUUCUACUUUGUGUUUUUUGAAUCCCCAUUGAGAAGUCUUCUGUCCCUCGUGCUAAGAAACAGGCCAUCGCAAGAAACAGUAACUUCCAAUGAAAACAUUACGGAAAUGAAGACAGACACGAAUUCAAAAAGUUUUGUUGUGUGAUAAACAUUGGAAAUUAUAUUAACAUUAUAUACGUUGAUGAGAUGAGACUAUGUUAAUUAAAUAACUUUAAGUAUAUUUAGUAUAUGAUUUAUUAUAAUAAUGUCACAUGUCACGCUAGCGACAUAACGUUCUGCUUGACUUUUAUUGCUGCUUUUGUAUACUUAUAUGAUUUGUUGUAAACUUGGUUCGUACUACCUACAUAUGUAUAAAUCUUUUUAUAAUUUUCCUAACUGUUAUGUUUUUUAAUAUACACAGAGACUGUAAAUAUAACCCAAUUUAACCUCUGAUGGGCAAAUAAA